GUAGAAAGAGCAGAUGGGAAACAUCAUGGGAAGAAAGGCUGUUUUGCUUCUCAUUCUGGGUGUCCUUGUGGCAUAUUAUGUUUACACCCCUCUUCCAGACAAUAUUGAAGAGCCAUGGAGACUAAUUUGGAUGACCACACCUGCAAAAACUGUAACAAAUGUGGAAGUCGCCUACUUGUAUGUUUGACUGACUAAACUAUUCCUGGACUUUUGAAUUACUAAUGUUGGCUGCCGGAUAUGCAAAUAAGACUGCACUAAUCAUGUCCAGCAGCACAGCCCUGGGUCAGAAGCUGCAUCAAGUUGCUGGCAAAGAGUUUCUGCCAAAGGAGCAGUUGCUUCCCACAGAAUGGCAGGGAAUGCAACUUGCAAAAGCUGGCUGGCUGCCAAGGCUGCCCUGGAAAAGUACUAUCUUCCCAUUUUUUAUGGGUCUGAAUUCAUCAUUGGACUCCUUGGGAAUACUGUGGUUGUUUUUGGCUAUCUUUUCUGUCUGAAGAACUGGAAUAGCAGUAAUAUUUAUCUCUUUAACCUCUCCAUCUCUGACUUGGCUUUUUUGUGCACCCUUCCAAUGCUGAUGAGAAGUUACUCAAAUGGAAAAUGGAUGUAUGGAAACGAUCUCUGCAUAAGCAAUCGAUAUGUGCUUCAUGCCAACCUCUACACCAGCAUUCUUUUCCUCAUGUUUAUCAGUAUUGACCGAUACCUGCUCAUAAAGUAUCCUUUCCGGGAACAUCUUCUGCAAAAGAAGGAGUUUGCUAUUUUAAUCUCUUUGGCCAUUUGGGUUUUGGUAACCGUAGAGCUCCUGCCCAUACUUCCCCUUAUAAACCCUGUUGUGACACAUAAUGGCACCAGCUGCAAUGAUUAUGCCAAUUCUGGGGACCCCAGAAACAGCUUCAUUUACAGCAUGUGUCUGACAUUCUUGGGAUUCCUCGUUCCUCUUUUUGUGAUGUGCUUCUUUUAUUUCAAGAUUGCUCUCUUCCUAAAAGAGAGGAACAGGCAGAUUUCCACUGCUCUGCCCCUUGAAAAGCCUCUCAACCUCAUCAUCAUGGCAGUGGUGAUCUUCUCUGUGCUCUUCACUCCCUACCACAUCAUGAGGAAUGUAAGGAUUGCUUCACGCCUGGGGAGCCAUAAGCUGCCUCAGUGUACUGAAGUCGUCAUCAACUCCUUAUACAUCAUGACUCGACCUUGGGCCUUCCUGAACAGUGUCAUCAACCCUGUCUUCUACUUCCUUGUGGGAGAUCACUUCAGGGAAAUGUUGACAAAUAAACUGAAUAAACUGAGGCAGCACUUCAAAUUCAUUACAUCCUUUAGAAGAUGAGCUCAUAGACUAAUGUGUUAAUUCAGGGAAAAGUGAGAUGCUUAUAAAACAGACUGAUUUGCACAUGCAGCUGUCAGCCAAUUAGAGUUUGAUUUAACUCAUAGAUGCAAAUCAGAGAGGAUCACAGAUCUGUCUCUGAUUUGAAGACACGUUGUACUCAGAAUAAGGAAAAAAAGGGGAUGAGAAAUUUUCUUAACAUAAAAAUGGAAGGAAAUUGAACUACCACUGUCUAAUAUUUGGGCAUGUAAGUCCAAAAUCCUAGGUAUAAUAAGACCUUCUCAGUCAGUGUAAAAUAAAAAUAAAAUAGAUAAAGCAGCAAGUUGUGUAUAUUUAAUCAUUGGUCAUCAGGGUUGUUUGGAGCUGUAUGUAUCCCAGAAAAACAGGUUCUUAAUCUUAAUCCAUUCCCGUGGGUGUGGACCCAUUGUAAAUAAGAUCUCUUCAAGGUGUUACUUCAGUUAAAGUGCUGCUCAAA